UAAAGAGUGUCAGUAUUCAGCAGCAUUGUGUUGUCAUGACGAGGACCAGCCCUCAGACACUCUGUGGGGUCCUCCAUCUCCUCUAACUGAGACUGAGACGUUACGUAUGAUGGAAGCUGCUCCUCUAACCAACACAGAGCAGCAUCUGUAUCAUAAUGGUUAUGUUUCCACCUGACCCAGGUCUAUCUCCCCAGAACCACCCAGACACCAACACCGUCCAUGAGACUCCAGAACUAUCUCCCCAGAACCACCCAGACACCAUCACCGUCCAGGAGACUCCAGGUCUAUCUCCCCAGAACCACCCAGACACCAACACCGUCCAUGAGACUCCAGGUCUAUCUCCUCAGAACCACCCAGACACCGUCCAGGAGACUCCAGGUCUAUCUCCUCAGAACCACCCAGACACCGUCCAGGAGACUCCAGGUCUAUCUCCUCAGAACCACCCAGACACCGUCCAGGAGACUCCAGGUCUAUCUCCCCAGAACCACCCAGACACCAUCACCGUCCAGGAGACUCCAGGUCUAUCUCCCCAGAACCACCCAGACACCAACACCGUCCAGGAGACUCCAGGUCUAUCUCCUCAGAACCACCCAGACACCAUCACCGUCCAGGAGACUCCAGGUCUAUCUCCUCAGAACCACCCAGACACCGUCCAGGAGACUCCAGGUCUAUCUCCUCAGAACCACCCAGACACCAACACCGUCCAGGAGACUCCAGGUCUAUCUCCUCAGAACCACCCAGACACCAACCUAGAGACUCCAGGACUAUCUCCCCAGAACCACCCAGACACCAUCCAGGAGACUCCAGGUCUAUCUCCUCAGAACCACCCAGACACCAACACCAUUCCAGGAGACUCCAGGUCUAUCUCCUCAGAACCACCCAGACACCAACCUAGAGACUCCAGGUCUAUCUCCCCAGAACCACCCAGACACCAUCCAGGAGACUCCAGGUCUAUCUCCUCAGAACCACCCAGACACCAACACCAUUCCAGGAGACUCCAGGACUAUCUCCCCAGAACCACCCAGACACCAACACCGUCCAGGAGACUCCAGGUCUAUCUCCUCAGAACCACCCAGACACCAACACCGUCCAGGAGACUCCAGGUCUAUCUCCUCAGAACCACCCAGACACCAACCUAGAGACUCCAGGACUAUCUCCCCAGAACCACCCAGACACCAACACCGUCCAGGAGACUCCAGGUCUAUCUCCUCAGAACCACCCAGACACCAACACCGUCCAGGAGACUCCAGGUCUAUCUCCUCAGAACCACCCAGACUCCAACACCAUUCUAGAGACUCCAGGACUAUCUCCCCAGAACCACCCAGACACCAACACCGUCCAGGAGACUCCAGGGGUAUCUUCCCAGAACCACCUAGACUAUCAACAUGUCUG